AUGCUCUCCGUCUCCGCGAGGCCACCUCGCGCCUUCCGAAUCCUCUUCCAGAGAUGGUGCUCCUCCGUCGGGCUCUAUUCAGGGAGCGACUGCCGUCAGCAGGGGGAAGGCGGAGACGCGGACCCUUGCUCUGUGGUUGCCCGCCUCGUCCUUUUUCACCCCGGUGAUCCCCGCGACCUCUGCGAGGCUCUUUCUCCUCAUCUCUUCUUCACCGCCGACCACCAUCCUUAUGCCGACCUUGUCGAUCGCGUCCUCAAGCGCUUGUGGAACGACGCCCCCAGGGCCCUCCUCUUCUUCCACGCUCUUCUCUGCCACCCUUCCUAUCGACCCGCCGCCUCCAGCUUCGACUAUGCACUCGAUCUCGCGGCCCGCCUUCGCGAUCACCACGCCGUCUCCCGGUUCCUCUCCCUGAGGGAGAAGCUCCACGUGAUGCCGACCCAUCGAACGUUCGCCAUACUGAUGGAACGCCACGCAGCGGCGGGAAAGCCCGACCGGGCCGUUCGUCUGUUCCUGUCGAUGCACCGACAUGGGUGCCCCCAGGACCUCGCCGCUUUCAACACGCUCCUCGACGUGCUCUGCAAAUCCCGUCGCGUCGACAAGGCCAGCCGGCUGUUCAGGGCGCUUGGGGGCAGGUUCCGGCCCGAUGUUGUCACUUACAACAUCCUGGCCGACGGGUGGUGCAAGAUCAAACGCGCCCCGAGGGCCUUGGAGAUUCUCAAUGAGAUGGUGACCUCAGGGCUGGAGCCCACGAUCGCCACGUACAACAUCUUGCUCAACGGGUUCUUCCUUGGGGGCCAGGUAAAGCAGGCGUGGGAAUUCUUCUUGCAGAUGAAGAGGAGGUCCAAGUAUGGAGAGGAGGGCUGCGGCUGCCGACCUGAUGUCGUGUCCUACACGAUAAUGGUGCACGGGCUGGGGCUGGCCGGCCAAAUUACUAAGGCCCGGAAAGUGUUCGGGGAAAUGACCGGGCAGGGGUGUCUGCCGUCCGUGGCGACCUACAACGCCCUCAUCCAGGUCAUCUGCAAGAAGGACACGGUUGGCAACGCUCUCUCGGUUUUAGAGGAGAUGGUAGGCAGGGGGUACACUCCCAACUGCAUCACUUAUAAUCUCGUGAUCAGGGGGCUCUGUCACGCCGGGGCGGUGGACGGGGCGGCGGGCUUACUGGAGCGAAUGAGGCGCGAGGGUUGCGAUCCGAGCGUGCAGACCUACAACAUCCUGAUCCGCCAUCGGUGCGAGGCCGGGGAGAUCGACGAGGGCCUUCGUCUGCUCCGCGGGAUGGCCGCGGGGGAGGAGGGCGGAGGCUGCCUGCCGAACGUGGACACGUACAACGUGCUGAUCCGGGCCAUGUUCGUCAGGAAGAGGGCGGAGGACAUGCUGACCGCGGGGCACCUGCUGGUGGAGAUGGUGGAGCGGGGGUACGUGCCGCGGAGGUUCACCUUCAACCGGGUAUUGAAUGGGCUUUUGCUGACGGGCCACCAGGCGCUCGCGAGGGAGAUCUUAAGGGCGCAGAGCGACCGCGGCGGCCGGCUGCCGCGGGAGAUCCGGCUGCGAUGA